CAGGCCCGCCCGCCGCGCCGAGCGCCCGGCCCGCGGCUGAGCCGGCGGCGCGCCCCGUCCGGGAUGGGGUGCUUGGACCCCUGAGUCGCCGUUCGGCGCGACCUCCGCGCGGGGAGGCGGGGGAAGGAGCCGGCGCCACGCGGCUGCGCUAGAAUGGAGGUCCCCGGCGGCAGCGAUCGCGGCGGCGGCGGCGGCGAUGGGGCUGAGCACGGUGCCCCUCCGGACCCCCGGGCCCCCGGCGCCGCGGCGCCCGGCUCCGGUCCGUGCGCGGCCGCCCGGGAGUCGGAGCGCCAGCUGCGCCUCCGCCUGUGCGUCCUCAACGAGAUCCUGGGCACCGAGCGGGACUACGUGGGCACCUUGCGCUUCUUGCAGUCGGCCUUUCUGCAUCGCAUCCGGCAGAACGUGGUGGACUCGGCGGAGAAGGGCCUCACGGAGGAGAAUGUCAAGAUCCUGUUCUCGAACAUCGAAGACAUCCUGGAAGUUCAUAAGGAUUUCUUGGCUGCCUUGGAGUACUGUUUACAUCCGGAGCCUCAGUCUCAGCAUGAACUUGGGAACGUUUUCUUAAGAUUUAAGGACAAAUUCUGCGUGUAUGAGGAAUAUUGCAGCAACCACGAGAAGGCCCUGCGGCUGCUUGUGGAACUGAACAAGAUCCCCACCGUGCGUGCCUUCCUCUUGAGCUGCAUGCUGCUGGGUGGCCGGAAGACCACGGACAUCCCUCUGGAGGGCUACCUGCUGUCUCCGAUUCAGAGGAUCUGCAAGUACCCCCUCCUUCUCAAGGAGCUCGCCAAGAGGACGCCCGGAAAGCACCCGGACCACCCUGCGGUCCAGAGCGCCCUGCAGGCCAUGAAGACCGUGUGUUCCAACAUCAAUGAGACCAAGAGGCAGAUGGAGAAGCUGGAGGCGCUGGAGCAGCUGCAGUCCCACAUCGAAGGCUGGGAGGGGUCCAACCUCACGGACAUCUGCACCCAGCUCCUCCUGCAGGGGACUUUGUUAAAAAUCUCCGCGGGCAACAUCCAGGAGAGGGCCUUCUUCCUGUUUGACAACCUCCUGGUCUACUGCAAGCGGAAAUCCAGGGUCACCGGGAGCAAGAAAUCCACCAAGAGGACCAAAUCCAUCAACGGCUCCCUCUACAUCUUCAGGGGCCGAAUCAACACGGAAGUCAUGGAGGUGGAGAACGUGGAAGACGGGACAGCGGAUUACCACAGCAAUGGCUACACGGUCACCAACGGCUGGAAGAUCCACAACACGGCCAAGAACAAGUGGUUUGUCUGCAUGGCCAAGACGGCGGAGGAGAAGCAGAAGUGGCUGGAUGCCAUCAUCCGAGAGCGGGAGCAGCGGGAGAGCCUGAAGCUGGGCAUGGAACGGGAUGCCUAUGUCAUGAUUGCGGAGAAGGGGGAGAAGCUUUACCACAUGAUGAUGAAUAAGAAGGUGAACCUGAUCAAGGACCGUCGGAGAAAGCUGAGCACCGUCCCCAAGUGCUUCCUGGGCAAUGAGUUUGUUGCCUGGCUCCUGGAAAUUGGUGAAAUCAGCAAAACUGAAGAAGGAGUCAACUUGGGCCAAGCCUUGUUGGAGAAUGGUAUUAUCCACCAUGUCUCCGACAAGCACCAGUUCAAGAACGAGCAGGUGAUGUACCGCUUCCGCUACGACGACGGCACGUACAAGGCCCGGAGUGAGCUGGAGGACAUCAUGUCCAAGGGUGUAAGGCUUUACUGCCGUCUCCACAGCCUCUAUACCCCUGUUAUCAAAGACCGGGAUUACCACCUGAAGACAUACAAGUCCGUGCUGCCGGGGAGCAAGCUGGUGGACUGGCUGCUGGCUCAGGGCGAUUGCCAGACGCGGGAGGAAGCAGUGGCGCUCGGCGUGGGCCUGUGCAACAACGGCUUCAUGCACCACGUGCUGGAGAAGAGCGAGUUCAAGGAUGAGUCGCAGUACUUCCGCUUCCACGCGGACGAGGAGAUGGAGGGGACCAGCAGCAAGAACAAGCAGCUUCGCAACGACUUCAAGCUGGUGGAGAACAUUCUGGCCAAGCGCCUGCUGAUCCUGCCCCAAGAGGAAGACUACGGCUUCGACAUCGAGGAGAGGAACAAGGCUGUGGUGGUGAAGUCGGUCCAGAGGGGCUCGCUGGCCGAGAUGGCCGGCCUGCAGGUGGGGAGGAAGAUCUAUUCCAUCAACGAGGACCUGGUGUUCCUGCGGCCCUUCGCAGAGGUGGAGUCCAUCCUCAACCAGUCCUUCUGCUCCCGCCGCCCCGUGCGCCUCCUGGUGGCCACCAAGGCCAAAGAGAUCGUCAAAGUCCCGGACCAUCCGGAGGCUUUGUGCUUCCAGAUCCGAGGAGCUGCCCCGCCCUACGUCUAUGCUGUUGGGAAAGGGUCCGAGGCUGCGGCCGCAGGGCUCUGUGCUGGCCAGUGUAUCCUGAAGGUCAAUGGCAACAACGUGAUGAACGAUAACGCCCCAGAGGUCCUGGAGCACUUCCAGGCGUUCCGGACCCGCCGGGAAGAGGCCCUGGGUCUGUACCAGUGGAUCUACCACACCCACGAGGAUGCUCAGCAGGCCCGAGCCAGCCAGGAGACCCCAGGCGAGGACACCGGUGGUGAAGGGGCCCGGGAGGAAGACCAGCCCGACUCAGCCUUCCCUCUGCUGUCCAUGGGUGCCCAGCUGAGCCUGCAGGAGGACAGCCCCGUGGUGAGCCUGAACGUGGACAACGUGCACCUGGAGCACGGCGUGGUGUACGAGUACGUGAGCACCGCGGGCAUCAAGUGCCACGUGCUGGAGAAGAUCGUGGAGCCCCGCGGCUGCUUCGGCCUCACCGCCAAGAUCCUCGAGGCCUUUGCUGCCGAUGACAGUGUGUUCGUGCAGAACUGUGGGCGGCUUAUGGCCCUGAGCAACAACAUCAGGACCAUGUCCCAUUUUGAGUUUCGUCAGAUCUGCGACAUCAAGCUGGAGAGCAUUGGCCAGAGGAUUGCCUGCUAUCAGGAGUUUGCAGCCCAGCUGAAGAGCAGGAUCAGCCCACCCUUCAAACAAGCACCCCUGGAGCCCCAUUCGCUGUGUGGGCUGGACUUCUGCCCCACCAACUGCCACAUCAACGUCAUGGAGGUGUCCUACCCCAAGACCACGCCCUCCAUCGGCCGGUCCUUCAGCAUCCGCUUUGGUCGCAAGCCCUCCCUCAUUGGCCUCGACCCAGAGCAAGGCCACCUGAACCCUAUGUCCUACACCCAGCACUGCAUCACCACCAUGGCUGCCCCAUCCUGGAAGUGCCUGCCCGCUAUGGAUGGGGACCCUCAAUGCCAAAGUCCCCGUGACAGUGGCUUUGGGCCAGCCAAUGGGGCCCUGGGCCCAGAGGACCGGGGUCUGAGCUUUCUCCUCAAGCAGGAGGACCGGGAGAUCCAGGACGCCUACCUGCAGCUCUUCACCAAACUGGAUGUAGCCCUGAAGGAGAUGAAACAGUAUGUCACCCAGAUCAACAGGCUGCUGUCCACCAUCACAGAGCCCACCUCGGAGGGGUCCUGCCACCCGCCCUUGGCUGAAGAGACCUCGUCCUCCCCACUGGUCAACGAAGAGAGCGAGAUGGAUAGGACUGACCACGGGGGCAUCAAGAAAGUGUGUUUCAAGGUGUCUGAGGAGGAUCAGGAGGACUCCGGUCAUGACACCAUGAGCUAUCGUGACUCCUACAGCGAGUGUAACAGUAACCGGGACUCCGUCCUGUCCUACACCAGCGUGAGAAGUAACAGCUCCUACCUGGGCAGCGACGAGAUGGGGUCUGGGGACGAGCUGCCCUGUGACAUGCGGAUUCCAUCAGACAAGCAGGACAAGCUUCACGGCUGCCUGGAGCAUCUCUUCAACCAGGUGGACUCCAUCCACGCUCUCCUCAAGGGGCCAGUCAUGAGCAGGGCUUUCGAAGAGACCAAGCAUUUCCCUAUGGACCACUGCUUGCAAGAGUUCAAACAGAAAGAAGAGUGUACAAUUCGUGGCCGGAGCUUGAUCCAGAUCAGCAUCCAGGAGGACCCCUGGAACCUCCCCAACUCCAUCAAGACUCUCGUGGACAACAUUCAGAAAUACGUGGAAGAUGGGAAGAACCAGCUGUUGCUGGCCUUGCUGAAAUGCACAGACACUGAGCUGCAGCUGAGGAGGGACACCAUCUUCUGCCAGGCCCUGGUGGCCGCCGUGUGCACCUUCUCCGAGCAGCUCCUGGCGGCGCUCAGCUACCGCUACAACAACAAUGGCGAGUACGAGGAGAGCAGCCGGGACGCCAGCCGCAAGUGGUUGGAGCAGGUGGCAGCCACCGGCGUCCUCCUGCACUGCCAGUCCCUGCUGUCGCCAGCCACCGUGAGGGAGGAGCGCACCAUGCUGGAGGACCUCUGGGUGACCCUGUCGGAGCUGGACACCGUCUCCUUCUCCUUCAAGCAGCUGGACGAGAACUACGUGGCCAACACCAAUGUCUUCUACCACAUUGAGGGCAGCCGGCAGGCGCUGAAGGUCAUCUUCUACCUCGACAGCUACCACUUCUCCAAGCUGCCCUCCCGCCUGGAGAGCGGGGGCAGCCUGAGGCUGCACACCGUGCUCUUCACGAAAGGUGAGCAGUGGGGUGCCGAGUGGGGCCCCCAGGGGACACCCAAGGCUCAGAGCACACCGGGACCCCACCACCUGGCCCCCCUUUCUUCCUUCACAGCCCUGGAGAACCCAGAGGGGCCUCCCCCUCCGGGCAGCCAGGUGGCGGAAGACUUGCAACAGGAGAUCAACACCCAGUCCCUGGAGAAGGUUCAGCAGUAUUACCGCAAACUCAGGGCAUUUUACCUGGAGCGGUCGAACCUGCCCACAGACGCCAGCACCACGGCGGUGAAGAUAGACCAGCUGAUUCGUCCCAUCAACGCCCUGGAUGAGCUCUGUCGUCUCAUGAAGUCCUUGGUCCACCCCAAACCUGGUGCCGCCGGGAGCCUGGGUGCCAGCCUCAUCCCCAUCUCCUCUGAGCUCUGCUACCGCCUGGGGGCUUGCCAGAUUGCCAUGUGUGGCACAGGCAUGCAGAGGAGCACGCUGAGUGUCUCGCUGGAGCAGGCGGCCAUCCUGGCUCGGAGCCACGGGCUGCUCCCCAAGUGCAUCAUGCAGGCCACGGACAUCAUGCGGAAGCAGGGCCCCAGGGUGGAGAUUCUGGCCAAAAACCUGUGGGUCAAGGAUCAGAUGCCCCAGGGCGCACCUCGGCUCUACCGCCUCUGCCAGCCGCCAGUGGACGGGGACCUCUGAACGCCCGCCCGGACGCUCGUGCUUGGCUGCGCCGUCUGGAGCUGGGAUUCGGGAGGACACGGCGGGUCCUGCUGGCCCGCGCCUGAGCCCGUCCGAGGCUCCUGCUCCUGCUCCCUCCGGGCCGCCAGCCUCCAUCGCCGCCUGCCAGGACCGGCCCGGCCCCCGCUCUCGGACGAGCGAGCCGAUAGGCCUGGGCCCGCGCGUCUCCACACUUCUGCCGGAAACCUGGAGCGGAGGGGUGACACCGGCCCCGGGACCCGGGAGAAGGCACGGGCACUGCCGUGGGAGGCCCCGGCCUCGGCUCCCUAGGAUGGCUCGACCUGCACUUUGAAACCCUGGCUUCCCUCUAAGCCCACAUUCCAGGCGGCCGUGCCUCCGCCUCCUCGCCUUGGCUUCCAGCUCACCCUGCACUAACCUGCUCCGCGGACUCGGGAAGCGGGCCUCUGCCGGGAAGACGGGGACCGGGCAGCGUCCGUCACCACGAGGACACUCGAAAGCCGCACCAGCUUCCGGCAGCACCGCCCUGGGGACUGGGGCCGCCAGCCCUGGGCGCAAGAUCUGCCCUGGCUUUAUUUAUGUGGCGUGACAUCUCUAUGGUUUACUUUAGACCCCCCCCCCCCCCCCCCCCCACCGUGUGAUUAUUUGACAUUUUAAGUUUCAAAGAAAGGUGUAUUAUUGUCUAACGGGACCAUCACAAGGUAGCAUUGACAGCUUUCCCCAGUACUAAAAAGGAAAAGAAAAACUAAGUUAUUGAAAAUUCAAACACAUUGCACCUUUUUCAAUAUUAGGGUGUCGCUUACAGCUAUGAACUAUGGUUCCUUCUCCCCCCCCACCCCCCCAUUCCCCCGUUAGCUGGCCAGUAUUAGAACGAAUUUUACUUUCCUCUCUUGGAAUGACUGGCUCUAAGGGUUCGAGCGGCGGCUGGGCCAGGUCUGGGGACUGGAGGGGCCUGAACCACCCACCUGAGAUGCUGUCCCACGCCGGUGUGUCCUGCAGGUCAGAGGGUCGAAGGA